CAUAUAAGUUAUAGUGCCAGAUAAAUUGUAAUUGCAUUCUCUAAUACCAGUCUGUAAAAAAUUCCCAGAUCGAAAUAAUAUGUCUGAAGAACUGAGUAAAGAUCAAAUUGCAUUACUGAAGAAUGCAUUCGACACUUUCGAUGUAGAAAAAAAAGGAAGUAUCGGUACAGUCAUGAUUGGUACAAUUUUGAGUAUGCUUGGAAUUCAAACAACGGAUUCAAUGUUGAAGGAGAUCAUAGAUGAAGUAGACGAAGACGGAUCAGGCGAGUUAGAAUUUGAAGAGUUCAUCACUUUAGCUUCGAGGUUCAUGGUUGAGGAAGACGCUGAAGCUAUGCAACAAGAGUUGAAAGAAGCAUUUCGUCUCUAUGAUAAAGAAGGUUAGUCUCGAUAAAAGUUAGUGU